UGUUAUUACUGUAGGUGAUUUGUUAUGUUAAAUGAACGCCACCUUUAGUUUUGUGCGCUACGCUAAAAUGUGAGAUUUAGGUAAAUUUGGUGUUAUGCAGAACUAAAGUUGGCACUCCUGAGUCAUUGUUGAAUCAGCUGAUAAAGUUAGUUUGGUUAUUACUGAAAUAGGUCAAUUUUUCUACAACAACUAUGGAAUCAACAUCUGUUUUGGGAUUGUGUAUUGUUUUAAUUGUGUUGUGGAAAUACCGGUUGGUUGGUGUGACUUAUUACAUCAAAUGGCUUUUGGUGUUCUUUGUUCUGUUAUGGAGAAGGAUCAGAUUUGUGGAUACACCAGAAGUUGUCAUCUUUCCAACAAAAAAGGAAGAGUUUUUAGAAAGACCUAGGACGUGGACCAAAGAAAACACAUUCCGACGAGACAGCAUGUUGGUAUUUGCUGCGUCGCAAGACGUGUGGCUGCUGAUGGAAGUCGCCCGGGGAAGGUACAACUCUGCUGCUGCUAGGGUCAGGCUACACUUCCGUUCUAGUAACCUUACCUACCAUAGCGCAGAUCAAGAUGGUCGUCCUGGAGCCUGUGAAGAUUGGGUAACUGACACACUAGCAUUUCAAUGCUUGGAACCAAUGAGACGAUGGAGAAUCGUUUUUACCGGAAAGCUUCAGUGCAAGAUGAACAAUAUAGACCAAGGAAGCAGAUUUGUAAAAAUAAAUUUGAUUUGGGCAGCUCUGAAUGGGCCGUACUACUAUGACAGGUCUGGCAAUAUAUCAGCUUUGGCUAGAAUCUUAGCUGAGCAACCUUUAUCACAGCUACAGGGUAACUUGGAGUCACUAGGCAAGGGGUAUGAGCAGUGGGGAGUGGUACAAGGCACUGUCAGUGUUGAAGACAUUGAUACCAACCUUCACACUCCAUCUUUGAGAAGACACUGCUGGAAGUGGCCCCAUGUCAGAUCGAACCUUAGUGUUGUCGGGUUGGCAGAUAACGGAGCACUCUUCAGUAUCAACUAUAACUUUGCCAGGUGUAGGACUCAGCUCGGCCACAUUCGCUAUGCAGAUGGCAGAGUAGAGACCAUUGUUGGAGAUUCAUCCAUCAAAAACCCUGCGAUUCCAGACAAGUUUGUGAGAACAUUUAAAAGCAGCUGUUUUGAACAUCAAGCGUACAUAGUUCGUAGACGGUUCCAGUCAUGGGGAGCGCUGCAAGUUGCAGAGGCAAGAUGUACUUUUGACUAUCACCAAGCUACUUGUCUGAUUUUGUCUUGGGCAAGGACAACGAGAGAGGAUCUACCAGAGUUGCCGUUCCUCAGGUUCUCAGCUGUGGAGAGCAGUGAGUUGUUGUUGACUUUAGACCACCCAGCGUGUGCCAACCCUUCUCUAGUGGGAGGCAAGGCUGCGUCCUUGGGCCUGCUGACAGACAUGGCCCAAAGUGUCCUCAGAAACAAGAUGAUGGUUCCGGCAGGAUUCUGUCUGACUGUCAACGCAAUGCAGCUUCAAGUCGAAUCCUCCCUCCCUUUAAGUUCAGCUGUGAAAUUCCUCAACUUGGUCAGCAAUGUACAAGAACAGGGAAAUCUACAAGAGCAGUGCCAACAUGUGGUAGCCGCUUGGUUGUCCCUGGCCAUGUGUCCUGUAGUGGUGGCGGCCCUGAGCGCCCAGGUAGUGCCAACCCGCAGUUACGCUGUCAGGUCGUCUGCUACAGGAGAGGAUUGUGAAGACAGUUCGGCCGCUGGACAGAACGCUACAGUGUUGGGUUGCGUGGGUGUGGAUGCUGUAAUAGCUGCUGUACACAAGUGCUGGGCAUCUCUGUACACCUAUCAGUCAGUGCAGUAUCGCAGAGAAGCUUACAAAAUCAACCUAAACGAAGACCAACUGUGUAAACGACAAUUAGCUCGUGUUAGAUCACUCCUAGACAGCUUCUGGAAGAGAUGGGUGCACGAGUACCUUCCAUGCCUUUCAAGACGGUGCAAAUGGCACAAGAAAUUGGACCCACCAAAGAUUGACGAUCUUGCAAUAAUAAUUGAGGAAAACUGCCCAAGAAAAUACAUGGCCCCCUUGGCCGAAUCUCGGCUGUCUACCCAGGUCACGAUGGCCAAGUACGAAUAG